GAGUCCAAGCUGUGCCUGACCUUUGUGUUCUGACAUUGAUGGCAUCAUUUUUGGUUUUUGCACAAGCAUAGAUUCUCCACCUACACAAUUCUAAGUAGCUCUGGCCUUUCUUCUCAAAUCUGAAGUGGUUUUAGCUGGGGGAGAGGCGGGAGGCUGGUGAUGGUUCUAUACCGAAGAUUCAGAUCAAGAAACAGAGAGGCCAAAGUGAAAAGAAAAUGGUGACUGGGAGCUCGGAAGAUAGAAAAUGGAGGUGGGUUCUUCUUCUUCUUCUUCUUCCUCUCUAUCUCUCUCUCAAACAGCAUUUUGCUUCACUCUGUGCAAUGGGUUUUCUCUCAGUGACAAAAAAAUGGAAGAGGGCGAUGGUUCGAGAACGGUGGAGUCCCUAAGAGGGAGAUUGCUUGCAGAGAGACAAGCUUCAAGGGUUGCUGAAGAAAAUGCGGCUCUUCUGGGCAAGAAGUUGAUAGAACUAGAGAAUCAACUUAAACAAGAGACCAAACUGAGAUACAAAGCUGAAAAAAAGCUCCAAGUUUUUAUGAAGAAACUUGAAUCCUUGAACAUUUCCACCAUAUCUGUGGAAUCAGAGCGGUCCAGCUCGUCAGAAAAGGGGGAAAUGUCUUGUACAUCAUCCACUAUUACCUCAGAUUCCAAAAACCAGGAAGAAGAUGAAUCCAAGUCCCAAUUCACAAGCCCAGAAAUCUCAGAAGACCUGGAGCACAAUGCAUCAGAAACUACUUCUACAUCCACUAAAAAUCCUUCUAGUCCUUCCACUGAAAAAGAUUCUGGGUCUCUGGGUACUGCUAAUUCCAAAUCUAACUCCAAGCUCAAUGAUCCUUCCCAGCACAGAUUCAGCUAUAAGUUGAGUACCAGCUCUGAAGAUCCAAACACUGAUAAUCAUAGUUGUUCAAGCUUAAAAUCUUCGAUAGUAGAUAAUGAGAGUGAUCAAGCGGACAAAGUUGAUAACUCAUUGGCAUUAGUUGCGGUGAGUUUUCCGGUGACAUCAAAGACCGUUGAGGUGAAGCCACUAAAUCAAAGUGUUCGCGAAGUUCUUGAUGCUCUAAGGCAUGCCAGGGAAAAACUUCAGAGCUCAAUGCAGAGAAGACAUAUGAUUCAAGCUGGCCCAGCUUACACUCACUUCUGCAAGUAGUAAUUAUGUCAAUUUCCUUUAUAUAAUAAUACUACAGAAAAGAAAGAGGCAAGUCAGUAAGAUAUAGUCAUUUGUGUUACUUUUGCAAGGAAACAAACAGAGGUGGAGAGCAGGGAAAUAUGUAAUAUUAUCUAUCAAUCUAGCCGU